GUGCACUUACAACCACGUCAGGGAUCUGCGUCACGCCCAACUUCAACGUACUGACCGGGCUUCCUCGUAGUCUUCUAUACUUCCACCUGCCAAAACGCAGAGGACACUUUGCGUAUAUUCAGUAUUCGAGGGGAUCCUGAUCCUGGUAGCAAGCUGUACCUGUUUUACUGGUUACGUGUUAAGGCCAGAACAAGAGCAAUCUCGAAAAGCGCGUCGCAUCGCGAAUAGUUGGAGCUGCAGUACUCUCCGAUAUCUCAAUACCAUCAUCGACCUCUGCAGCCUGUACCUGCGACUAUAUCUUACCGCCUCAUCCAGUCCUUAUACAGUUCUCUGUAACCUGUAGUUUCCGCUCGAGUCAAGAUGUCUGAAUUCUUUACCAGUCUUUGGGAGUCAAUCUUCACACCAGGACCAACUCCAACGCUUCUCAUCGCAACGAAUGCCACUUUCGGUGCUCUCUCUCUCCUUCUCGUCACCCUUCUUGUCGCUACCCAAAGCAUACACUUCCUGAUCUUGUCAAUACUCAGUGGAGGUCUAUGGUGGGCAAUAAAUUGGUUUGCCACGGAGCUCAGAGCUGCACAAGCAAAAGAGGAGGAAGCGAAACAGAUCAGACGCCGGAGCCGCGAGAAGGAUAUAUCAUUAGGGAAUAGUGGCCCAGGGGUAGGGGCUAUCGGUGGAGAUGGAGAAGGCAUGGACAGCGGAGACGACACAGAGACGGAAAUAGAUGAAAGGCUCUCAAAAGAACCGCAGGCUGUACUUGGUGGAUCAGGAGUACAGGCAAGGAACUCUGAUACUCAGGGUCAACUGGCCGGCCAGCGUGGGCAUGGAUAUGGAUCAGGAGAUCGAUCAACGGCGGCGCAAACAAGCCUUAUUCCACCCCGCGACGAAGGGAUGAAGAAAAGAAGGAGUAUGGCUGAGAGCGAUGCGAGUUUGAGCACUGACAGCGAGUGGGAGAAGGUUGAGGAGGAAUAGCGUUCACAUCGUUCUGUUUGACUUGUCCUUGAUGUUUCACAUACCCAUAGAGACGCAUGGCAUUUCCCCAAUGAAAUAAUUUUCCUUAUGAUACUCUCUAUAGAGACAUGAGGAUUCUUUUGACAGGUC